CGUGGCCCAACUGAAAACCCAUGUCAUCUCCCAGAAGACGCAGCUGAGAAUGAUGUACAGUGGAGACGGAAAUCACCAUGCGACGAAUUCCAGUCAUUAUGAACUGGAGAUCGAUUACAACGUACUGAGCGACAACAGUAAUCCGGUUGCUGUAUGGUGUGAAGCGCUGGGCGCUUACGUUCACCAGGAUUUUGCCUGCGAGGGAGAUCGCCUCACAUGUCCCAGUGAUUACUACGACACCGUUAAUCGGAAUCCCGCCACUGGUUUUGGUGCUUGCGGUCUGAGCAGUAGUGAUAUCUUCGGCAUCAUCAUCGGCUGCGCAUUUGGCCUGUUAAUUCUCGGCAUCGGCGGUGUAAUCUGGUACAAGCGGAAGGAAUGUUUUCUUUGCCCAACGAGAAAACGAUAAAGUGGUAUUAUGAAAAUGCUC